AUGCAAUAUUCAGUCAUAGGUGAUCGGAAAUCUGCUCUUCUCCACCUUCUCCAUAUUCCUCCACAAGAGCGCUCUUAUCAAGACUUAUGUGAUCUCUCCAACCUUAUCUCUGUAUUUUCUAUUUAGGAUAUAAAAAUUUUCCAAGAUUUUAAAUACACCCUUAAGCUAAAAAACCUCUGCAAACACCUUUUAUUGGUAUCUUAUGGUACAAAAGAGACAAUAUUCCGAGAAGGAGAUGAUGGCGAAGCAUUUUAUUACAUCAUUUCUGGAAAAGUUAUCCAUUAUGUUUCCUCGUCUAAAAACGGCAAAACCAAGCUUAUUAGCGUGGCUGAAUCCAAAGAAGGAGACUCUUUUGGAGAGCUUGGGCUUUUAUAUGGUAUCAAAAGAAGCAGCUCUGCUAUUACAAAUACACCAGUAGAAGCUAUGGUUUUAACGAAAGAAAAUUAUGAUAAAGAAACAAAAGGAGAUGAUUUAGAAAUUCAAACAAAGGCUAUACAUUUUUUCCAAAAGCAUAAAUUAUUGCAAUCAAUCCCUCAACAGCUAUUAAUUGAUAUUGCUAAAAAAUGCAAAAAACCUAUAGAGUUCAAAACUAGCGACUUAAUAGUAAAGCAAGGAUUUAAAUCAGAUGCAAUUUUUUUUAUAAUUAAAGGUGCAGUAAAGCUGAUGAGGAGAAUUGAUUUUAAAAAAAUUCCGAAUUUAUAUAGUAUUUUAUCGCCAUCUCAGCCAAAUGAUGCUGAUUAUCAAGAACAAAAUAUAGAGACGAAGUUAGUGGAAAUCCAGAAUUUGUCAAAAGGGGACUCAAUAGCUGAUUAUGAAGUAUUAAGAAAUUUACCUUGUAGCUGUACUGCUAUUGCAACGAUGCCUACAAAGGUUUAUAAAGUAUCUAUGCAGGAUCUGAAAUUGCUUGAUUCUACUGAUUUUCAAAAUUUAGUGAAUUUUACAGAAAGCUUACCUGAUGAUAAUGAAAUAAGAAAAAUUUAUAUUCAUACAGAAAAAUGAAAUUCAUAUAAACAUUCGUAUGUGAACAGUAUCAAAUUCGAAAAAAAGUAUAAAAAUAAUUUUAACUUUAGGAUGGAACCAAUAAAGUCAUUUAAAUCCAGGAGCAUAACACCGGAAAAUAUUUUUUCAAAACCUUUAUCACACAUCAAGCUUAGUCCAAUAUAUAAAACUAUGUUUUAA